CCCCUAAGAACUCUCGUUCGUCCUUCAACAGAACGCAACAUGUGUACAAAAGUUUGAGACCGCUCCAAAGGAAACAAAGUACAUGUACAAUCUAAACGACUAAAGCUGACGAAUUUCCUCUUCCUCUGUGGAAUUGACGGAACAUACUGCAUGUAAGCUGUAGCCUAGCUGGGCUAGGCUUCACUUCAAAUCAUGGACGGCACUUUGUGGAGAUAUCAGAAGGUUUCAAUAGGCUUGAAGAAAUGGGUGAAAAACACAGCCAAGAUCGCAAAGCCAACAUCCCAAGUGAAAUAUGGCGUCUUGACUCUGGUGGAUAAAGACAAGAAAGUCCAGAUCAAGCUGAAUGACACGUGCAGGAUUGAGUCAAUGCCUGCAGGAUACAAGAACAAAGACCACACCUUUGAGGUGACCUGCAUGGAAGACAAAGUUCAUCUACUCGCAGGAGAUAAUGCAGACAUUUUGUUGCAAUGGCUGGCUAAGAUGCAUGAUGCGGCAGGCUUGAGGCACGACCACCUCUUUGGAGAUGGGGGAGGAGAUGGGGGAGGAGGAGCUGUAGGAGUCGGUGGAGGAGGGGGAAAGUCAGACAAUACAGGGAGAUUAGAAGGGGACGCAGAGCUACAGGACAAUCUCUUGUAUGAUUCUUGUGAUAAUAAAAGCUUUCCAGUUGCAAUCAAAUCAAACCCUUUCACGGACUCAUUAAAUCUGCGUGGAAGUUACGCACUGCAACUUGACUCAAUGAAGCUCUCACUGAUAGAACCCUCCACUGGAAAGAAUCUCUUCUCAUGGCCUUACAGAUACCUAAGGCGAUAUGGACGAGAAAAAACUUCCUUCUCCAUGGAAGUAGGUAGGCGGUGUACUUCAGGGGAGGGAUUGAUCAGAUUCAAUGUCCAGGAUGGAAACGAAGUGUUUCAUGCUAUCCAGUCGUAUGUUUCUGCAAUGACCGGUAGGAAUUUUUCAACGUCAAGUAUACCAACAACACCACCAACAGCCCCUCAAGGACCACCUUCAUUUACUCCAGUUUCAACUGAGCUCAAAACAGCCAAAGUAAGCACAGGUAUAAAGGCCCAAGGUGUAAAAGUUUUACCUUUACCACGUGACAGAACCCACUCUGCAGGAUCCCAUGGCAUUGCACUAAAGAAGCCAGCUAGCCGUCCACCAUUUUCAAAUCGUGGUGCACAGUCUGUGGAUGAUAUCAGCAAGAGUGAACCGCUUGACGAAUGCUACUCCUCUGUUUCUGAUGAAGCAGUUGAUCGUUCAAAGAAACUACCAUCACCAACGACACGGAGAGCUCCCCCGACAGACUUUGAGCCGGAGCAGCAUUAUGAUGUGGCUACUGAACCAGCACCAAAGCAGUGGCCUCAGCUUAAUAGGAGACAGACAUCUGAUGGGAAGAGCAACGGAGUUAAACCUGUGCCAAAAUCUAGGGUCCCUUACAGUUCUGGUGAGAAGUCUUCCUCCAAAAGAGAUACUUUGAAUAGUGAGUUGGCAGCUGUGUUCUUAGAUGAAAGUGAGGACCCUGGAUUAUAUUCCUCCUUGGAUCAGCCUCCGGGAGCAGUUGGAUCAACAGCAGCAGAUGCUCAACAAGUUUACUCAGAGGCUGCUGAUCAUGGUCAUAUCUACGAUCAUCUCGCACGACAGAAGGUUGGAAAUUCCACCGCUGCCCCACGUCUUCCUCUUCCAAACGCCAAACCUGCCGUUGCACCCAAAACGGCUCCUGCAGUAGCCGCAAAGGCUGUUCCACAAGAGGAUGAUUACAUGUUGUAUGACCACCUUGACCGUGGUCAGACUGGAAGCACUCAACCUGGUAGCAGUCCUGUAGGAGGAGUCCCAGAGGAUGCCUAUGAUACGCUGAGCUUGGAUGCACCUUCAGGAGGGUCACCUGGAGAUACUGGAUACCUUGUCAGCUCGUACCCACCCUCAACAGUUCCAGAGGAGUCAGAAUAUGCAGAGGUUGGCUCAAUAACUUCUCACGUUCCAACACUGUCACUUUAUGAGUGACGUCUCCAUGCGUUAUACAUUUCCUUGUUCCUGUAUCUGGCAUUGCUAUUAGUGCUGUGGUUUGGCCUAGGAAACACCAAAGGUCACAGCCAAAAGGAUGUGAGAGACCAACCAAAAUGACAGUAUCUCCAAGCAGUGUUAACUCGAUGCAACAACGAUGGAAUGGAAAAUCAUGGUUUUUUUUUAAAUGUCAUCUGUUGAGAGCAGAAUGAUGUUAUCUCUGUAUUAAAGUUUGUGAUUUAAUGCCUUUCUGGCUCUGAACUAAACAGACCUUUGUGGAGAAUUCCUUGUUGGAAAUAUUUGGACAUUGUUCGGAGAAUAGUUGCCGUGCAAGGCAAGGCAUGAAGUGUAUCACAAAAACAUGUCAUGGUGAAGUUGUUAUUUACAUACUUAUUCUUACAAGUAUAGCAUGGUUUGAUAUCGGCCAAGUUUCUGGCAUACACAUGUACACACUUGAUCUACUAGAGAUAAUGUUUCAUAAUUGAAAAAUGAAAUGAUGCCAAGUUGAUACUAAGUGUCAGAUGCAGUAUCUCAUCCAAAAAACAAUUACCCAUUAAGAUCAUAUUUCUUAACAAGAUAGCAUUCGUUUUGUAUAUUGGUUUAUAAGAUGCACAGAAAGCAUAUUUUCUUAUGGUUUCUUAUAGCGCACAAAAUAGUGAAUCCCUUACCAGUACUUUAAAUUUUUGAAGUUUUUUUUUUAAAUGUCUUCACACAUGAACCACAAAGGAAUGACCUUCUUUGGUGUAAAAAAGUUUUUUUUUUUUUUUUAGGAUAAUGAAAAACAGUGUGUCCUCACUAUUAUUUGAAGGGCUUCUAUGAUCGAAAAAACAAAGGCAUUACUCCUAGAGGCAAUCAUCUUGGCUCAUUUCAUUGACAAUGUGCCAACAAAGUUUUUGGUGAAUUUUUGUGAAGAUUCAUCAUGGAGAGGAGAGAAUCAUACGUGCUGUUGGUCACGCUACCAGGCAUGAUGCAAUGAGAUAUAAAUGGUGUUCUCAUUCUCCUGAUAAAUUAUUAACCUUUCUUUUUUACUCUUGGUUUUCUUUUUCUCAUUAGCUCUUUCCUCAGGCUUGUCUAUUUUGUCUCAAAAACGAAAUCAAGUCUGCCAGUCAAUAUUUAUAUAAGGGCAGAACUCCCAUGUUCUUCUGACGGUCUUGAUGUUCAGGAUAUUUAUCCCACCUCCCCCCCCCCCCCUCCAAAAAAAAGGUCUAAACGAAAUUGUGGUAAAUAUUUUAACUAAAAAUCAAACUACAAUUCUUGCUUUCUUAUUAUGAGGGUUUCAGGAACUUUUGGGAUAUUCUUGUUUUGAGUUCCUGCAUAUUACGAUAGUAAGUAAUAAUAAGCAGUGUCAUAAGUAUACAAACUCAAUGGAACCAUUCCAUAUUCAUUGAAUCUGUUCCUUUGUAUCAUAUCAUUUUUCAUAUAAGUUCCUCAUAGAAAAUUAUCCCCUUUUGUACAUAGAAAUUAGCAUCAGGGGCAAUUUUGUUUUAUGUUUAGCUCUACCAUAUAUGGGUCAUGAGAAAAGAAUUGUGUUCCUCUUGCCUAAUAAGGCCUAAUAGCACUAUAACUGCACUGAUCUUUUCCCCCUCUAUGAAACAAGGAAGUGUUUUAAUGGAAAUCUUCUACACCCACGCGGAAAAGCAUUAAAGUUCACUACUCAGUUUUAUAUUGACUUUUCAUUCUGGUCUCUUCCUUUUGGGAUAUUAGGUAAAAGGUAAUUAUAAUACAAGGUAUUAUAGAAAGCUGGCUUUAACCUCUGUCAAACCUCAUUCAUGGAACUGUGAGUGCCAACCUCUAUUGUCAUAUUAUGACAUUUGGUUUGCAAAGAAAGGAGUCAAUUCUAGUAAACAUGAACUGAAAGAAAGAAUGUUCUGCCAUGAGGACAUGCAUUGUGGUCAUAUAGUGUCGGGAUUGUAGUGAGGUGUGUGGCACUCAUGGGUUGUUAUUAAUUCCAUAAGUCAUUGCCUUAAUUUAACUGACCCUAAUAAUCAUUGUUAUCAUGUGCACAUGCAUAUAGUGCUCAUAACCACCAUUCUUGAUGUACAUGAAAUUAAAUAUAACCAUGGCUCAUGUUAUAACACCAACAAUCUCCCUCCUAUCAAGUAGCCAACCCACUUACUUACUCAUAGAUUGAGAGUGGGACAUGUGGAUGAAUGCAUUGCCGAACCCACGCUCUGCAGUUUUGUGUUCAAACCACUCAACUAAAGGAGCGUUGCAGGGUUUUUACCUGGGUAGACCAAUUUCUGUGCCGUUGUCUGUAUGUUGCUGUCGGUUAUCACCUGUAAUAUGUUUAGUCAUUGACAAAUCUUCAUUAUAUGUUGGCAUAGUUUAUAAGUCCUAGAUGUUCAUUUAUGUUCAGUUUGACUGUACUGAGUACAAUGGAUAAUGAAAUAUGAAGAGUAUUAAUCCUCUUACUUGAAGUUUGGUCUGAUUGAAGCUAAAAGUAAGGCUAUCAUCCAUCAAUGAAAUACAAUCAUCAGGUUUGCCUAAUUGACUACUGUAAUCAGUUUCAAUGUACAAAUGAGAAUUUAAAUACAUGGACUUUGUACAGCUCAUAAUCAUAGAUCCUAAUGAUAGUCAUUAAUGUAGUUUAUACUUGUGAAUGAUUCUCAUAAAAACACACGCUGUCACUAAUGAGUUCAAAAAGAAAAUAAUCCUGAUAUUAGUCUCAAAUAUUACUCUUUUUUUCUUUCUAUUUGCUCAUGAUUGUUGUAAUUAAAAUCGUGAUUCUGGAAUUUCAGAAUGAGAUGUUUAUCUCAUUGAAUUUAUUUAGUUACUAACCGGUAUUUAUUUUGUUUAUCUAAUUUUUAGGAAGUUCACAUGCUCGUAACAAUAAUUUGUAUAGACCAUUUUCGUAAUGUAAUCAAAUUUAUCGUAUAAUUAUUUUUUUGGGGGUGCAAAUUUCAUACAAGAAUUGUUGCUAGGUAGGACAAACAUGGCUUGUCCUACCUAACAACACGUAAUGUAUAUGCAAUGCGCAUUCUGACUAUCAAAAUACAAUUAUUCAUAGUGGGAGAAUAAAUUAAUUUGUGACAAGGCACUUAAAGAUUUGUGCAUAGAAUUUGAUUACAUUAUGAAAGUUUACACUUCUUAUUGCAAAGUGUAUUUGUUGGUUAAUUUUUUGUUAUUGUAAACAUUAUUUUUUACCCAUUUUUUGUAACUCUGCAUAUAAAAGCAAAAAUAUAAUGCAUGUGAAUUAUUUUGUUGAUUCUGAUUGUAUGUUUCAUAUCUAAUUUGCUAUACUUUAAGGCUAACAUUUGAUGAUGAAGGUUUUGUCAUUUGCUGCAGAUUAUAAUGUUUUUUCCCAUCAAUAUGUAUAGAAUCAAAAGAUAUUUUUGUAUUUUUGAAUAAGAAAAAAAUCUGCUAUUUUGAAAAUAGCUUGUGCUUUGUUGAUUGGCUGGCCAUGUUAAAUAAAAUUGUGAUGCCAUUUGUCUAUUAAUUGCUCUGCAAUUUAUUUCAAAACCGGUUUUUGAAAUAUCAUCCCGCACAAAAAUGUAUCCCAAUACAUUUUGAUUUCAACAAAGUCCUACUGUGUCAUUGAAAUCAUGAUUCAUUGUAAUAGAUUAAAUUUUGACUAUACAUGUAGUUAAAAUUGUAUAAGCUGUAUUAAUGUAUAAUAGAAACGGCAUCCAUGUUAAAAAUGUGAGGUUCUUGUAGGACAUGAUUAAAUUGAAAGUCAUUAUCCUCGCUUAUUAUCUAAGUAUAGUUUUAUGUUUAAUGAUUUGUUUUGUUGAUUUGUUUUGUCUAUUUUAUGUGACCUAGGGAACAGGCUGUGUUGAUGUAAAUUGCCUGUUCUUAAAUAGUUCAUUACAUGUAGAUAGAUUGUUCUCAUAUUUAUCAUUAUAAUCAUUAUGUAUCAUUGUAAAGGAAUAUAUCACUUUAUGGCUGUAUAUUGUUGACAUAAAAGAUAUACAGCUGAUACCGCUGAUAGAGUUUUUAUAUUUUAAUCAUUUGUUUGAUUUCAUUGUCUUCUGUAAUGCAGUAUAAUACAAUUUAAAUCUUAAUCUUAAUUGCAUCUCGACUAAUAAUGAUUAAAACAUUGUGAUUUAUAUUUCACAUGCUUUGUGGGAAAAUAUAGUGCUAUUGCUGGGAAAUUAUGUGUGAAAUGUUAAGGCCUGUAUGAAAGGCCUUGAUCUGUUUGAGAUAUAUUAUAUAUAUAUCUAUAUAUAUGUUUUUUUUGUGUGAAAGUAUUAUUAAAUCUUGUGGUAAGGAAAGCGCUACAGCCUGAUAAAGAAAAACA